CUUGUGGGCAGCUCUCUAGCAAUCCCAACUGGAACCUCACACCAAAAGGCACCAUGAUAGUGAUGACUGACGUCACUGCAGCCCCCAGAUUGGGGUCAACUGCCACCACUCCAGCUGUGGCUCCCAACUUCUCCUGGAUGCCAGAGGAUGGCAGCCCCACAGCUGUGGAGCAGCCAAUAUUCCUCAUGACCACCGCUGCUCAGGCCAUCUCAGGUUUUUUUGUAUGGACAGCUUUGCUCAUCACCUGCCAUCAGAUCUACAUGCAUCUUCGCUGCUAUAGCUGCCCAAAUGAACAGCGCUACAUUGUUCGGAUCCUCUUCAUUGUACCCAUUUACGCCUUUGACUCAUGGCUCAGUCUCCUGUUCUUCACCAAUGACCAGUACUAUGUUUACUUUGGCACAGUGCGGGACUGCUAUGAAGCCUUUGUAAUAUACAACUUUCUCAGCCUCUGCUAUGAGUACUUGGGAGGGGAGAGCUCCAUCAUGUCUGAGAUCAGAGGGAAACCAAUUGAGUCCAGCUGUGUAUACGGGACUUGCUGCCUGUGGGGAAAGACCUAUUCGAUUGGAUUCCUGAGGUUCUGCAAACAGGCCACCCUGCAGUUCUGUGUGGUGAAGCCCCUCAUGGCGAUCAGCACGGUCAUCCUUCAGGCCUUCGGCAAGUACCAGGAUGGUGACUUUGAUGUAACCAGUGGCUACCUCUACGUGACCAUCAUCUACAACAUCUCUGUCAGCCUGGCAUUGUAUGCCCUCUUCCUUUUCUACUUCGCCACACGUGAGCUGCUCAGUCCCUAUAGCCCAGUCCUCAAAUUCUUCAUGGUGAAGUCUGUCAUCUUCUUGUCCUUCUGGCAAGGGAUGCUGUUGGCCAUCUUGGAAAAGUGUGGUGCCAUCCCCAAAAUCCACUCUGCCAACGUGUCUGUGGGUGAAGGCACAGUAGCUGCUGGGUAUCAGGACUUCAUCAUUUGCGUGGAGAUGUUCUUUGCAGCCAUUGCCCUGCGCCAUGCCUUCACAUACAAGGUGUAUGUGGACAAGAGACUUGAUGCCCAAGGUCGCUGUGCUCCCAUGAAGAGCAUCUCCAGCAGCCUCAAGGAGACCAUGAACCCCCACGACAUUGUCCAAGAUGCGAUCCACAACUUCUCCCCAGCCUACCAGCAGUACACCCAGCAGUCAACGCUGGAGCAUGGUCCACCCUGGCGCAACGGCAGUCAUGUUAUCUCACGCUCCCAUAGCUGUUCGGGUGCCCGCGACAACGAGAAGACCCUCUUGCUGAGCUCUGAUGAUGAAUUCUAGGAGGCGAAACUGCCAGCCCAGGCUGUCAUUUUCCUUCUUUUGUUGUUUUUUAUUUUUUUUAAUUUAUUGAAGCAGAAACACGCAAGUCAUAUCACUUCCUAGAGAGUGCAGAUUGCAGAAGUGGGCACUUCCAUUAGCUUUUGUGGGUACGGACAUGAUGAGCAGUGCGGAGGUGGGGGAAUGGCCAGGACUCCAUUAUCGAGCCCAUUCCUUACAGCAGCAAUGGACUGGAAUUAAUUGAAGCAAAGCUCCAGGGUUUGGGGCUCUGGCCUUCCACACCUGCCCAGCUUGGUGUGGAGCAUGACUGGCCAGUGCCUGGAGCUGUGGCCAAAAAUGUUUUUGCUUUUUUUUUCCAACUGGACAACCCGACUGCU